AAUCUGGCUGGAGGGUGUGCCCUUAAAGCCAGUCAGACUGGUCCUGUCAGGUACGGAGUACACACCCACACGUUUACACAGGCCGCAAUCUCCGGUAAGAAUGUACCUGUACUACAGCCGAGUGGGUGGUGGCUGUCAUUCAGUCGUGCUGUUUGGACAACGAUAGGCAACAACUCCACACUGACAGUGUCGGGGGAGCAAGCUCGACGAGGGCGAUGGAUUCCCCAGCGCUAGGAGCUGCCGGGACAGCAGGGGGAGCUGGCGAGGGAAGGCGUGACCCCUUUGACAGGAGGCCAUUGGGCGAGGCCGGCGCUAUGGGUGUGAAUACAGCAGGAGCCACUCCACUUUCUCCUGCUGGAGAGGAGGGGAAACCACAGGCGGCGGACCUAUACUCUAUGGACAGUUCCCUAUCAUCAUCCGACAGCGAGGAUGAGGACAAGGAGAACAAGAAGAAGAAGGAGAAGAAGAAGAAGUUGAAGAAGAGAGCCAAGAAGCGAAAGGCAUCAAGUUCAUCCUCAUCAUCCUCUUCUUCAUCAUCAUCUUCUUCUUCCUCCUCAUCCUCGUCUUCUUCCUCCUCAAGCAGUUCCUCAGACAGUGACAGUGAGGAUGAAAAGGAGAAGAAGAAGAAGAAGAUGAAAAAGGAGAAGGAGAAGAAAAAGUGCUCAGGCGGUACUGCUGCUUCAUCUGAGUCAGGGUUAGUCACUGAUAUGGCCGUUCCCUUCACGGAGGUGGAGGAUGGAGGACUGCAGAAGUGUAAAGACCUAGCUGGCUCGCAAUCAGAGAGUGAUGGAGAGCCAAAGAAGAAAAAGAAGAAGAAAGACAAGAAGAAGAAGAAAAAGAAGAAGAAAUCAUCCAAGAAGAAAAAGAAGAAGGAUUCUAGCUCCAGCAGUUCCUCCUCGGAUAGCUCUUCCUCUGACAGUUGCAGUGAAGAUGAAAAGAAGAAGAAGAAGAAGAAGAAGAAAGACAAGAAGAAGAAAAUGAAGAAGAAGAAGGAUUCCAGCAGCUCUUCCUCAUCUUCAUCCUCAGACAGCUCCAGUGAUGAUGAGGAGUGUGAGAAGAAGAAAAAGAAGAGUAAAAAGGAUAAGAAAGACAAGAAAAAGGAGAAUGAGGAGGGUGAGGAGAAAAUCGAAGAAGACAGCGAGAUUGGUGUUGCCUCGGAUGCCGCUUUUCUCGAUGACGAAUGCCUGUCAACACGUGCCGAUGAUGGACACCUGAGCGAUGACGAGGGAGAAGAGCCAGAGGGAAAGAAAAAGAAGAAGAAGAAGAAAGACAAGAAGAAGAAAGACAAGAAAAAGGAUUCUGGUUGCUCUGGCUCUGACAGUGACAGCUCUUCAUCAGACAGCGAGGAUGACAAAAAGAAAAAGAAGAAAAAAAAGAAAAUGAAGAAGAAAAAAGACUGCAGCUCAUCUUCCUCCUCAGACAGCUCUUCUUCCUCGGACAGUGACAGUGACGAUGACAAGAAGAAGAAGAAAAAGAAGAAGAAAGAUAAAAAGAAGAAAAAGAAGAAGGUGAAGGAUUCCUGCUCCUCUUCGGAUAGCUCCUCAGACAGCGACGACGACAAGAAGAAAAAGAAGAAGAAGAAGAAGAAGGACAAGAAGAAAAAGAAGAAGAAAGAUAAGGACUCUGACUCAUCCUCAGACAGUGACGAUGACAAGAAAAAGAAGAAGAAGAAGAAGAAGAAGGACAAGAAGAAGAAAAAGAAGAAGGUAAAGAAGGAUUCCAGCUCCUCUUCAUGCUCUGACAGCUCAUCUUCAGACAGUGAUGACGACAAGAAAAAGAAAAAGAAGAAAGACAAAAAGAAAAAGAAGAAGAAAGACAAGAAAAACAAAGACAAGGAUUCCAGUUCCUCAUCAUCAGAGAGCUGCUCGUCCUCUUCAGACAGUGAAGAUGACAAGAAAAAGAAAAAGAAAAAGAAAAAGAAGAAGGAUAAAAAGAAGAAGAAAGAUAAAAAGAAGAAGAAAGACAAGAAGGAUUCAUCCUCGGAUUCUGACAGCUCCGCCUCCCCCUGCUCUUCUUCUUCCUCUGACAGCGAUGACGACAAGAAGAAAAAGAAGAAGAAGAAGAAAGACAAGAAAAAGAAGAAAAAAGUGAAAAAGGACUCAGAUGCAUCCUCUUGCUCUGGCAGUGAUGACAACAAGAAGAAGAAGAAGAAAAAGAAAAAGGAUAAGAAGAAGAAAAAGAAGAAGAAGAAGGCAAAGGACUCUGGCUCUUCAGGCUCUGACUCUUCAGAUGGCUCCUGCUCAGACAGUGACAAGAAGAAAAAGAAAAAGAAGAAGAAAGACAAAAAGAAGAAAGACAAGAAGAAGAAAGACAAGAAGGACUCUGGCUCUUCAGGCUCUGACUCUUCAGAUGGCUCCUGCUCAGACAGUGACAAGAAGAAAAAGAAAAAGAAGAAGAAAGACAAAAAGAAGAAAGACAAGAAGAAGAAAGACAAGAAGGGGUCUGGCUCUUCAUCUGAUGGCUCAUGCUCAGACAGUGACAAAAAGAAAAAGAAAAAGAAGAAGAAGGACAAGAAGAAGAAAGACAAGAAGAAGAAAGACAAGAAGGGUUCCUCUGGCUCUUCAUCUUCAUCAGAGAGUGACAAGGAGAAUAAGCCUGGGAAGCUUGAGCAGGUCUGUGAGGGAGGGGACCCCCCACCACCAGAGUUCAGCACUGGCGGCGGCGGCAUGGGUGGCAGUGGCAGUGGCAGCAGUGGCGCUCACGGGCCCGACAAGUUCCAUCCUCCCAAGGGACCGUCCACUUACAAGUACAAAUCAGCGGUGGGUGGAGAAGACUUGAAGAGCCACCUGGAGCCCAAGAGCCCACCCUUCGCCUCCGGCUCCAGCUCCAGCUCCAGCUCCGCUCUCCAGCCAUCGACUGCUGCUGACAAGGCCCCCACCAGGCCCAGCUCCCGCUACGAGACCUCCACCUCCGUCAGCCUCCACCCCCCAAAGAGCCCCAGCCACCGGCCCACGAGCCCCAUGGAGUCCCUGAUGGGUCAGCCAGGCAGGGGGUCGUCGUUGUCCACGGGGUCUGGUCCCCGGUCCACGCUGGUCAAGUCCAGUGAUAUCCUGCGGGGCCCUAAGCCAUACGAGAGCUCCUACGGAGAUAAAUGAGAAAAUUGAAGAGGUGAAGAGGGAGGUGGUGUUUGGGGAUGUUUUUCGGAGUGAGGUGCUUGGGUUUUUUGACAGCUUAGCCAGCUCAGGGAAUGUUUUAAAUGAGAGAGAUGUGUGUUGGUGAUACAAAUAAAUCCUCCAGUCCCAUUUGGCAAAAGCAGAUAAGGUGCCAGACGGUGAGUAGGCGUAGGUCGGUGUCUGUAUGGGUGUGUGUGAUUGCGUGUGUGCGUGCGUGCGUGCGUGUGUGUGUGUGUGUGUGUGUGUGUCAGCAGGGUGCAAUUUGUCAAAAAAAAGAACGAAAAGAGAGAAAAAAAACAGCGGUGUGUUUUCUCAGGAGUAUGGAGCUUUAUUCUAACCCUGAAUUUGCAUUAAUCAUUAUGAAACAAUCGUCUCCAGCAUAGGAAGAAAUCAUUUGGCUGAGGUAGGGAUAUCCAAACCAAAAGAAUGUUAAUCUCCCCAUAGUUGAGAUCUCAUCCUGUGUAUCAGUGUGUGCUUAACAGCAAAGGACUCAGUCCUCUAUUUGCCUGUCCAUGGCUGUAUAGUUGAGUGUUAAUUAAGACCUUUUGAUAUUAAUUGAGUUUGUGUGUGAUUGGCUGGCUGGUGAUGGCAAACAUGAUUAAAGAAAACUGUUGACAAACUGGA